GUGUAUUUGUUCCAACAUUGUACAGAAUAGGUGCAUAACCUAUCUAGCCUUCACAGGUGGGUUUUCGGAUAGUCCUUUUCCAAAAAGAGAUGCCGUGCAAAGCUUGAACAAGUUUGAGAGCGAGCUGGUAAGGGAGGGUCGACGCUUUUAAUAACCCCCGACCUCGUCAGCGUGAAAUCUAAACCAAAGAAUUCAAAAGCAGCAUCGGAUUGUAUGACAAGCAACUUGGGCGGUUAUCGCGAGUAGCGAAACACGGAAAGUGAUAUUAUUCAAUCGAACACAGUGCGCGCAUGGCAUUGGCUAAACAAACUUGUAUUAUGCACCCUGUCAGGGGCACGUCAAUCUUUGCGACAAAAGCCGGUGUUGUGUAGACCGCUCAAGAUUACGCCAAACUCUUACCCAGAACUCCGCGUGACAGCGGUGUAGAAGACGCCUUACUUGCGCACUUACCCAACACUAAUUUCUGUUAGGUGUUCGAGGGCAUUAAAGGACCGUGCUAUUGCUUCCAUAGUGGAUAAUAAUUUGGUAGCUUUGCAGGGUGACUUGAGAACAUGUCGAAAACUUGGAUGCUGGUGGUGAUCGUAUGCACUUGUCUGAUGACGCCUGUGCUUUCUCGGGACGACAAAGUGCACAUCAGGAAUCCUAUAUUCAAAGGAAUGCGCUCCUGGUUGUCAAGGCAACGACGUGACACCAAACACAAGGCCUGGACGACUCGAUCUGCGAGGACCUGGGUUCCAGUCACAGGGACGCCAUACUGGAACAUGACCGAACUGGAAAUCGCCAAUAAACACAAGAACAGCACGCACGCCGAUCUUGAUUCCAACGGAUUCCCGAAACCUCAUGUGGGUAGUAGAAAUUCGGCUAAGCCAAUCACUGAUCACAUAAUAAUACACGUGACCAUGGCAGUCACGGCAACUUUAGAUUCGAUGCAUGGAAAAGAACCCACAGGAAUCCCGCCGCGUCCUGUAAUAACUGGUGCUGCACAAAAGAACAGAGAUGGCCGUUCUCUUGGUGAUACGUCUGCUUUGGGCCGACAUUACGUCAUCAUCAUUGCCGUCCUAGCGGGUGCUUUGGUUUUAUGCGUAGUUGCCAUGGUGAUGUAUACACUGAGGCGACGGACCAAGCGAAAGGUCAUGGUUAUCACUGCGUAGCUCGGUCACGAGGCAUGCUCGGUCACGCAAUCAUUAACAUGAGAGUGAGGCAUGCUCGGUCACAAUUAUUAACACGAGAGCGAGGCAUGCCCGUUCACCAAUCAUUAUCAAUCCUUAAAACGAGAGCGAGGCAUGCUCGGUCAUCAAUCAUUAUCAAUCCUUAAAACGAGAGCGAGGCAUGCCCGUUCACCAAUCAUUAUGCCAUGCGACUUGUACAUAUUCCUUUGCGUUAUAUAUUUGCUGUAUAUAUGUAUUUGCCUAAUGUAUAUAUUUGCUGUAUGUAUGAUUGUAUGUAUUUGGUUCAUUAGAUUAGUUGUUACGAAAGCUUUUUAAGUGAGCUUGAAUAAAAGUGUUUUUAUUUA